AUGAUCAUUGUAUACUCAAAGGGGUUUGACUAUCCAAGCUAUGAGUUUUACACCAUGGACGUCAAGCCGGGAUUAAAAGCCGAGGUCCCUAUAUUUGCUUGUAUCGCAGAAGCCGAGUUGUGUUACGCAUCACUGAAAGUAAGUUUGGAACAGGUAACGAGUGUUAGUGAAGUGGAACGAAUAAUGGCUGCAACAUACCUCUGCACAUUCCAUUAA